AUGAAAUUCUUAAUAUUUGCUGCUUUAGCCGCAGCCCUUAUCGGAUUUGGUUAUCUGAAAUUAACGCGACCAGUACCUUUACCCUCUAUUAAUAAAAAUAAAUACUGGGGGCCUGGAGAUAGUUCUAACUAUAAAGAGGAUAAGACCAUUAAGCCAUUUAAACUAAAAGUUAAUCGAGAAGUUAUAGAUGAGCUUCAAUCACAACUUAACAAAACCUUUAAACUAAGCGAACCUUUGGAGGGUGUAAUAUUGGAAUAUGGCUCCAAUAGCAAGGAUCUGAAGCAUGUGAUAAAAUAUUGGCGUGAUAAUUACUUACCCAAAUGGUCAGAGCGUGAGAAAUACUUGAAUACAUUUCCACAGUAUACAACUGAAAUCCAGGGAUUGAAUAUUCAUUACAUUCAUGCCAAACCCAACACCAAAGCACAGAAAACCAAAAAAGUUUUGCCUCUUCUCUUGCUGCAUGGCUGGCCUCUUUCAGUUAGGGAGCUUUACGGUAUAACCCAGCUUCUCAUUACUGCUAACGAGAAAAGCGACUACGUUUUUGAAGUUAUUGCUCCUUCUUUAGUGGGAUUCGCAUGGUCCGAUGCAGCUCGAAAGCCCGGCAUGAAUGCUGCCGAAAUGGCAAUUGUAAUGCGAAAUCUUAUGACACGCUUAAAGUUUGAAAAGUUCCUGGUACAAGGAGGAGAUUGGGGCUCCAUUGUGGGCAGUCAUGUGGCUACGAUCUUUCCUGAGAACGUGCUUGGAUAUCAUUCCAACAUGUGUGUCAUGUAUACUCCUCUGUCACUUGCGAAAUACGCAAUUGCUACUUUAAGUCCGCACACUUUUAUCCCCUCCCCACAGCAUUAUGGCCAUAACUUUCCUUUGUUAGAAAAGUUGGCGUAUCUCCUUGAAGAGAGUGGGUAUUAUCAUAUUCAAGCCACUAAACCCGAUACGAUUGGAACUGCUCUUACUGCGAACCCUAUUGGCCUGGCUUCGUAUUUUUUAGAGAAAUUCCAAACAGCCGCAAGGCAUAUCAGCACUCAAUCGUUGGACGGGCUUGAGCAGAUCUUUACCCUUGAUGCCUAUUAUGACAAUUUGAUGAUCUACUAUUUGACAAAUUGCAUAACUUCUUCAGCACGCUUGUACAAGGAGACAAUGGCCAAGGCCUAUUUUGAUUUACAAUUGGAACGUGUUCAAACCCGAGUACCAAUGGGUUGUGCGAGAUUUCACUACGAUUUACCGUCUGCUAUGGAUUGGCAAUUGAGAGAUAAAUAUACAAAUGUGGUGCAUAGCAAAUAUUACGUUGGCGUUGGUCACUAUGCUCCUCUGGAAGCUCCCGGAUUGUUGUAUGAAGAUAUUGUUGAAUUUGUAAAAAAAAAUUGAGUUUCAUUGAAACAAGAUGUUCCCUAAUAAAUUUUCACAAAUA